AUGGAGCACUGUCUGUCUGUUCUUCGGGCAUUCCCACCCGACACCCCACUACAAAAAGAGGAGGCGUACAAUGCAGCUAUCAAAGCCCAUGUCGACGCUCUGGACGCCCUUCUUGCUAAGCACAUAGGCAACCUUGUAGCGCACGCCGAGGCCAUAUUGUCUGCCCUUGAUCCCACCCAACAUACUACAUCAUACAUCGCCGUGAUUGAGACCGUGAUUAAAACGGACCCGAAGAGCUUAGUUUCGAGGCCAGACCUUCUAGACAAGAUAAUUCAGUGCCUGGUUCUUUUCGACACGCGCCAGGUCCGCUACGUUGGUGCCGCUUUUAGGGCCAUCCUCGAACACGUCAUCUUUACCAAGCUCUUCUCUCCCCGAAUCGCCGUAGACACUGCGGUAACUGCCAUACUCCGGCUAGAUCCCCAAGGCACCAUCCUCACAUCCACCCACUGCAUUCUCGCGAAUCUCGCCUACACUACAGGAUGUCUUAAAUACGCCCAGCCCGUGCUGGAAAAGUCGAUACUCUUCUUCCCCGAGCCCAACUACAAGCCUAGAUUCCUGUGCGAAAAGUCCCUCCCGCCUUGCGCCUACGUCACAUGCAGCAGCGGCUUGAGCGCACGCCUAACAUCGACGAGUCUCCUCGAAUACGACCUGCUUCGCGCCAUGAUGUACAUUGAGCAGAAGAGGUGGGAUAGAGCCCUCGACACCCUCGAACAGUGCAUCACGUACCCGACCGACGAAAAUUCCGUGAGCAACCUCAUGCUCCAAGCCUUUUACAAAUGGUGUCUGGUCAGCCUCCUGCUCCACGGCCGCAUCAUUGGCUUUCCCGGAAAUGCCGCGCCCGGGGCCGCUGCUGCCUUUGACAGCCAAGGCGAUGUCUACAUCAGCAUCGAUACCUUUUUCGCUGAAGAAAAUGCCGUCGCCCUCAAGGCUCACCGGGAGCGCCACGAAGCCCGAUUCAUCGCCGACGGCAACCUCCGACUCGUGGAUGAGGUCAUUGUAUCCUUUCAAAAGUGGCAGGUCAUUGGCUUGGGCAGCCUCUACUGCAAGAUUAGCGUCUCUGAACUCCGCCAGCUCACCCAAAGUGCCACGACUGGCCAAUCCCUCGAGACGGAUGCCGAGAUCGAAGCCCUGAUUCGGAGCAUGAUAGCCUCCGCUACGCUCGAUGCGACGCUGGAACCCGCCGCCGGCGACCGCCCCGCCCACCUGGCCUUCUCUCCCUCUCCGCCCCUGAUACCAGAGGCCGAGUAUGCGACGCAGCUCCAGGCUGCUUCGAGAGCGUCGCCCAGGUUUCCGCCGGCGUCGAAGCCGUGA